CGUAUGUAUUUAUACAUAAAACUGAUUUCAUGCUUUCGAAAAAUAUAAAUAGUAAAAUGAAAAAAAUCAUUAAAUCUUUAGGAUGUGAAGUAUAUGGAAUUGAUUUGAAAACUGAAAAUAGACCUAAAAUUAUUGAAGAGAUUAAAAAAGAUGUUACCGAACAUAGAAUUUUAAUAUUUAAAGAUCAAGGUAUUGUAAGUGGUGAUAGACAUGUUGAGAUCAGCCAUUGGUUUGGAGAACUAGAAUCUACCUUUUACAAACAUCCAAAAUCACCUCAUCCUGAUGUGUUUCGAGUAUCUAAUGAUGAAAAUGAAGGAUGUACAGGUGUUGGGCGAUCAGGUUGGCACAUUGAUGGAACAUUUCAACCAGCACCAUUUAGUUAUUCUUUGUAUCAUAUGGAAUCAGUGCCUAAAGAAGGGCAUACAUUAUUUAUUCCAUUAACUGAACUGAUUGAAAGAUUAGACAAAGAAACUUAUGAUUGUUGGAAUCGAGCUUGGAUGGUUAGUGACAGAAGAUAUGGACCCAUACACCCUUUGAUAUAUAGUCAUCCUCUAACAGGCAAACCAGUUUUGUGUUUUCAUUUGGGAAUGACUACUAGUUUUAUUUGGGACUAUAAACUUCCAACAGAAAAAAUUGCCACUACUGAAGAAUAUGAAAAAUUAUUAAGUUCAAUAAAUAAUAAAAUCAAUCAAGAUAAUGGAAAAUACAUAUAUACACAUAAGUGGGAAUCCGGUGAUUUUAUUAUAUCUGAUAACUUAGCUGUUGGUCAUUUCGCUCACCCAAGUACACAAGCGCCUAGAAAUCAAGUGGGUCUCAGAAUACUACAUAGAACUACUAUUAAAGGAACACAUCCACCAUCUAAAUAAAAUGAACAUGAAACAGUGGAAUUUUACAACAUUCAAUUUUCCAUAUUUACUAAGAUAUUCUAGUAUAUAUUUAAAUGAGAAAAAACUUAAGUUUAUAUUUACUAUGCGAUAAAAUUUAUUUUAUUUUUAUAAUUAAUUACUUAUGUCACAAUUGAACAGUAGGACAAUCAUAAUAUAUUGUAGA